AUGGCUCCCAGAGGAAGAAAAAAGGUAAAUGCUUUUCACUGUUACAUAGGGUUCUUCAAGGUCAAGUUUGUAUGUAGCAGUAGUAGUAGGAGGCAUGAUCGUCCUGUUGUGGUUCUUGACAAAGAUGAUAUGUUUCUUUUACAUGGUCUUGAGUAUUUUGAAGUGAUUCGAUUGACUCUCAGACUGAUGCGAGAUGAUGCAGCUCGAGACGCUAUGAUUGAAUUUGGGUUUGAGAUUCGUCUUAUCAAUGAGACUAUCAAAGAAUUGCUAGAGCUGUAUAAUGAGAACGCAAAGUCAAACCCAUGGAAACUGAUCGAAGAAGGUGGUUACGCUGUGCUGCUUGAGAGAUUACUUGAAAAGCAAGCGGAACAAGAAAAGCAAUUGGCCUUACACAACAAAGAAUUGGCUGAGGAUGUUGAGGAAGGAAGAGACCAGAUUGGUAGCAGUUCGACUGCUUUGUUGGGAUAUGGUGCAGAUACAGGAAAACAAACUUGCCAAACUGAUGCUUUAUCAGUCACUAAUGAGGCGGUCAUGGACUCAACACCUGCAGCUUUUCAAUCAGCAGAAGCAACCGCAGAUUCUGUUGGAGUCACUAAUGAGGCGGUCAUGGACUCAUCACCAGCAGCUUUGCAAUCAGCAGAAGCAACAGCAGGUUCUGUUGGAGGUAGGAAAUUUUAA